AUGGACGAGGAACUCUACGACGAAUUCGGUAACCUGAUAGGUGGUGAAGCAGAAGAUUCAGACACACAAGAUGAGUCUCUGGUUCAAGAAGAAGAGUCAUCUGCCCUUCAAAUAGCAGAGGCAAACCCUUCAACAGAGAUAGUGCAUAGAGAGACUCUUGCUACGGCUUUUCCAGAUGAUGUUGAAAUCUUAGUAGAAACAGAAGACCACCAAGCUACGACAACGCCGUUGGUGGAACCAGCAGAGAUAAAUGUAAAGAAGCAGGCGUUGUAUACUGAGUCCAUAAAACACUUGCCCCGAGUUAAUUACGAUCGUGACUACUUCUCGACCCUACAUGAAAUCCCUGAGAGAACAAUGAAUGUCACGAUACUUGGACCUCUGCACUCAGGGAAAACGUCUCUGGUGGAUCUUCUAAUCCUACAGGCCCACAAAAAACUUCCUGGUACGUCAAAAAACGUUAGAGAAGGAUGGAAGCCGCUAAAAUACAUGGAUAAUACAAAAUUGGAGAUUGAACGAGGUAUCAGCUACAAGUUGAAUGGUUUCAGUUUUUUAGCCACCGAUCUACAACAAAAAUCCGUCGCACUUACAGUUCUUGACUGUCCAGGUCAUGUGAAUUUCAUAGACGAGGUUGCUGUAUCACUUGCAGCGUCGGACACCUGUGUGAUUGUGGUUGAUGUAGUCGAGGGCGUCACGUCCAUAGUGCAGCAACUGAUAAAACAGUGCGAAAAGCACGGCCUGCCAAUUGUGUUCGUUCUCAACAAAGUUGAUAGAUUGAUCUUGGAGCUCAAACUUCCCCCACAAGAUGCAUACCUUAAGCUUGCAAACAUCGUCAACCAGAUCAACAGCUUCUCCAACGGGUCUUACUCCCCAGAGCAAGGAAACGUUUUGUUUUCAUCUGCAAAACUCGGAUUCACGUUUAGCAUAGAAGAAUUUGUGCUUUACUAUUACUCAAAACAGCUUGGUAUGGAUAAACUUGAAGGUUUUCUCAAACGCAUGUGGGGAAACAUUUACUUCCAAGAUGGGAGGUUUUCCAAAGUGACCAAUCAAUCAGGGUUAACAACAUUUUCGGAAUUCAUUUUAAUUCCUCUUUACAAAAUCUUUACACACUCGCUGUCAAACGAUCCUGAAAAUCUCGCGGUAAUAUUAAAACGCGAAUUUCGAGUGACAUUACCUCGCGAAUAUUUCAAAAUAGACCCCCAGCCAUUACUUCGAAAGGUGCUUGGGUUGAUUUUUCGAGAUCAAGCAGGUUUCGUUGGCUCUGUAACUUCUUUUGGCUCCUUUGCAUGUGAAGCAGCCCCGCUAAAAAAGAAGUUCUUUGAUGUCGCCGCGAAUGAGAACGACACUUUGGCCCAUGUCUUAAAGUUAAUGGACUAUUGCGGGGAUGUUUGGGCUCUAGUGAGGGUAUAUCAAGGCGUGCUGAACAAACAUGCUAUGAUAAAAGUGCUGGACGGAGGUUUGCCUCCUGAGGACGACGCUCCAGAAGUUGAAAUACAGGACAUCGCAUUGAUGGGCGGAAGGUACGUUUUUCCAGUAGAAAAAGCGCACGAAGGACAGAUUGUACUUGUCAAAGGCAUUGACCAGUAUAUCACAAAAUCGGGAACUUUAGCUAGUUCAACCUCAACAAUCUUCCCUCCUAUUGAUUAUAUCAAUGAUCCGGUGUUCAAGGUUGUGCUUCAAGUACUGCACCCACAAGAGUUGCCUCUCAUGCUCGAAGGUCUAAAGAAAGUGAACAAGUUUUACCCUGGAAUGUUCACCUGUGUGGAAGAAAGCGGUGAAAAUGUGAUACUGGGCACAGGCGAACUGUACCUUGAUUGUCUUCUCUACGAUUUAAGAACAAACUAUGCGAGAAUAGAAAUUCAAGUUUCAAGCCCGCUUGUAAAGUUCUCCGAAACCUGCGUAGGCGAGUCUUUCGCAUCCAUCCCCGUAAGCGGAGCAAGUGGCCACCUGGAGCUAAGCAUCGCCGCUCAGCCUUUGGAACGCGAACUAGCUGAGGAUUUGGCGAGUGGAGCAUUGGCAGAGAGUGAAAUACAGAAUAAGCGUCAGCUCUCGAAGAAGCUUAGAGAGAAGUAUAGCUGGGAUUCAUUAGCGGCAAGGAACGUUUGGAGCUUACGCAGUAGUAAUGUUCUCGUUGAUGACACCCUUCCUGAUGAAACUGACAAAGAGCGUCUAGCGGAAGCUAAACACUCUAUAUGCCAGGGCUUUGAAUGGGCUACAAGGGAAGGUCCGCUCGCUGAAGAGCCAAUACGUGGCGUCCACUUCAGGCUUCUAAGUGUUUCCAUGGGGGAUGACGUGCGUGCAGGCCAGCUCAUACCUCUUGUGCGGAAAGCUUGCUACGUGGCUAUGUUGACCGCGACGCCGGCGCUUCUGGAACCAAUCUACGAAGCCUGCGUUCUUGUUCACGAUGACGCGGCAGACGUGGUUGAAGAGUUAUUUUCGAAAAGACGUGGUGCGCGUGUCUACAAUCGAGUCAAGAUCCCUGCAACGCCGUUGAUCGAACUGCGAGGCCAGAUCCCUGUAAUCGAUUCUAUUGGUUUUGAAACCGACCUGAGACUCGCCACUAACGGCACAGGUAUGUGUCAAUUGCAGUUCUGGAACAAAAUUUGGAGAAAGGUUCCAGGAGAUGUUAUGGACGAAGAUGCUGUAAUACCAAAGUUAAAACCAGCACCCAGGGAUAGUAUGAGUCGUGACUUUGUCAUGAAAACAAGACGAAGGAAAGGACUGUCCAGCGAAGGCUACGCUACGCAAGACGGGCCUUCGCUGGCUAGGUAUAUUGAGCCCGAGCUGUUCCAAAAAUUAAAAGAUAACAAUUUGGUUUAA